AAACUUGUACAUCAAGAAAAAGUACUUUUUGUUAUUCUAGUGGCUUUAUUUCUUUCUUUUCUAAUAUAUGAACAAAGUACAUCUGGAAGCGUGGAUUUUAUUGAAUAUAGAUCGGAGGAUCUCGGUUAUUUUUGUCUCGGAUAAUUUCCCUUUCUGACAUGGCGUAUCAGCAACCACUCUGCAAAUGGCGUUUGUAUUUCGGACAUCAGCGGGUAAUGGUUCUUUUGUUGCUUUACUUAUUUAAUAUCGUCGCUGCUCAGAUCCGCUACUCUAUACCAGAGGAGAUGAAGAAGGGCUCUCUUAUCGGUAAUGUAGCACAGGACCUUGGUUUGGAUCUGAAAAGGCUCCGUUCUGGGCGGGCCCGUAUCGUGACCGGAGAAAACAUUCACUACACCGAGCUGAAGACAGACAAAGGGAUUCUAGUCGUGAAUGAGAGAAUAGACCGAGAGCAGCUUUGUGGAGACGUAACGCCAUGUAGCUUCAGCUUUGAAAUACUUUUUGAAAACCCUAUGGAGCUACACCACAUAACAAUUGAAGUGUUAGAUGUGAAUGAUCAUCCUCCGGUAUUCAAGAAAUCCGAUAUUAUGUUAGACAUAAGCGAGUCAGCUAACCUUGGGGCGCGAUUUGUGCUCGACAGCGCAGAGGAUGCUGAUGUCGGUGUCAAUGGCCUGCAAAAUUAUAUUUUAACUUCAAAUGAUCAUUUCGUUUUAAAGCAGCAUGUUAAUCCAGACGGGAGUAAAUACGCUGAGAUGGUGCUUCAGAAGCAAUUGGACAGAGAGGAGGUUCCCCAUCUCUCUUUAAAGCUUAUAGCAGUAGAUGGUGGGAAUCCGCAGAAAUCUGGCACUGUAAAUAUAGACAUAAAUGUUUUAGAUGCCAAUGACAAUGCGCCCGUUUUCAACCAAUCAGUGUAUAAAGCUACGGUGAUAGAAAACGCAGCAACAGGCACUAAUAUUGUUACUGUUAAUGCUACAGACGCAGAUAGUGGAUCGAAUGGUUACAUCACAUAUUCAAUUUCAAACAUGAGGAGCAAUAUAGCUGAUUUGUUGUCCAUAGAUCAAGUCUCUGGUGUUUUGUCUGUUUCGGGCCCAAUCGACUUUGAAAAGGAUAAAAAAUAUGAGCUAAGAAUCGAUGCAAAAGAUCAGGGAGGUUUAACGGAUUCAAGUAAAGUGAUAAUUGAAGUAAGUGAUGUAAAUGACAACGCCCCUACUAUAAGCGUCAUGUCAUUCACUAGUCCUGUGUCAGAGGACUCUCCUCCUGGUACAACUAUUGGCAUUAUAAAUGUAAAAGAUCUUGAUUCGGGUGAAAAUGGACAAGUAUCAUGUACAAUAGAACAAACUGCACCUUUCAAGAUAAAAUCCAGUUUAAGAAAUUACUAUAACUUGGUAACAGAUGCUUCAUUAGAUCGUGAAACUGCUUCAGAAUAUAACAUCACUGUUGUUGCGACAGAUGCAGGAAUGCCUCCUCUCUCAACAAAACGAACCUUUUAUUUAAAGGUCUCUGAUGUGAAUGAUAAUGCUCCAGUGUUUUCACAAGGUGUUUACAAUGCGUUUAUCGUGGAAAAUAACUCUCCAGGCGUUUCUGUUCUCACUGUUAGUGCUAAAGAUCCUGAUGAAAACCAAAACGCCCGUAUAUCCUAUUUUCUCGAGGUUUCUGAUCUUGACGGAUCUUCAGUCUCUCAGUGUGUGUCAGUUAAUGCAGAAAGCGGAGUCAUACACGCAGUGCGGUUAUUUGAUUAUGAGCAAAUUAAACAGCUGGUUUUCGUCGUCAAAGCGCAGGAUGGAGGCUCUCCUCCACUCAGUAGAAAUGUGACUGUAAAUAUAAUGAUCCAGGACCAGAACGACAACCCUCCUCAGGUUCUGUACCCAGUCCAGACUGUAGGCUCUUUGGUGGCUGAAAUGGUGCCUCGUUCAGCAGAUGUGGGCUAUCUGGUCACUAAAGUGGUGGCUGUUGAUGUGGACUCUGGACAGAAUGCCUGGCUCUCCUAUAAACUGCAGAAAGCCACAGACAGGGCGCUGUUUGAAGUGGGCUUACAGAAUGGAGAAAUAAGAACUAUCCGCCAAGUCACUGAUAAAGAUGCUGUGAAACAAAGACUGACUGUUAUAGUGGAGGACAACGGGCAGCCCUCUCGUUCAGCUACAGCCAUUGUUAACGUGGCGGUGGCGGACAGCUUCCCUGAAGUGCUGUCUGAGUUCACUGACUUUACUCACGACAAGGAGUACAAUGACAACCUGACUUUUUACUUAGUGUUGGCUUUGGCUGUAGUUUCCUUCCUCUUCAUCACGUGUUUAGUGGUUAUUAUAUCAGUGAAAAUCUACAGAUGGAGACAGUCUCGCAUCCUGUAUCACUCCAAUCUCCCUGUGAUUCCAUAUUAUCCACCACGUUACUCAGACACUUUGGGGACAGGGACUCUCCAACACGUGUACAAUUACGAGGUGUGCAGGACGACUGACUCCAGAAAGAGUGACUGUAAGUUCGGCAGAGCUGGUAGUCAGAACGUGCUGAUAAUGGACCCCAGUUCUACAGGGACGAUACAGCGGAUACAGAGUGAAAAGAGCAUCCUGGAUGAACCAGACUCUCCU